CGCAGUGUGUGCGCGACAAAUCCCAACAAGCAACAAGUGAGUGAAAAGCAAAACGGACACUGCUGACGAUGCAAACAAGGACUGUUUGUGGUGCUGUGCUUGUGGGCGUUGGUGGUGUUGUUGGUGGCUGGUGGCUGUGUGGAUGGCUGCGAGAGCAGUGGCAGCGGGGGCGGAGAGCGAGAAGCAAGGACACGGGUGCGUGGGGCGACUUGGAGAUGCUGAAGCCAGAUAGCGGAGCGUCCAAGGACGAAGUGGCGGAGCGAUAUGCGCGUCUGCGGCUGCAGCACGGCGACAACACCAUCUGCACCCUGUCGCGGCAGGUGUUGACGAGCGUGCUUGGCUACGAUCCCAGCGACCAGGAGUCGCCUGUCCUGCAGGCCUUCCGCCCUUUGAAGACAGGCACACACUGCUCGUUCGCCAAGCGGGCUGUUGUCUGGGCUUGCCAUGGCAGCUUUUCCCUGGAGACCAUAAGCACAGGCGCCUGCGGCAUCGCUGAUGGUGACGAUGUGGACGCCGUCGAUGCGACGCUGCGCGCAAUGGCACUGUUCGCUUCAGCCUGCCACAAGAUUGACGCGUUCGUGAUUGCCUUACCACCGGCUUCAACCAUCCAGGAGCACGGCAGCAACGUGCGCCGACUCCUCACCUGGCUGUCAGACAUGGAUCCGUCUGGACGGAGGUGCAUGGCGAAAAGCGUGGACAAGAGCCGCUGGGUGUUUACCUUUGCGGGCAACGAGUUCUUCAUCACCACCUUUGCGCCGUGCUACCCGCGGCAGUCGAGCCGAUACCAGUUUGGUGUCAGGGACGCCGCCUUCAUCUUGUUUCAGCCCUACCACUCCUUUUUGCUGCAUCGCGUUGGCGUCGAGACGUCGAGAUCGGAGACAAACUACACACACCCUGCCAACGUCCGAGACGAAAUCAGAGCGCGGUUUGCGAGGCAUGGCAGCCCUUACUUUGUACCCGAGGACCCAGCACGCAUGCCCAACUGCCACCAGGCGGUGUCUCCCCUCACGUUACAUGCACCGGCUGUGCGGUGGUGGCUGGACACAUGCCCACUCUCACGCCACACCUUACAGCAGUUGGAGGUGAUGGGCUGGAAGGAAGAGGGGUGACAACAGAGCAAGAUGCUUACGGGGGGGGUUUGUGUGUGCGCGUGUUUGUGUGUGCGCGUGUUUGUGUGUGUGUGUGUGUGUGUGUGUGUGUGUGUGUGU